AGCCGCUUUGUUGUUCUCGUGACUGGCAACAACACACUUAUCUCUAAAUUCUCGUUCUCCAUCACCCGGCCAGUUUGCAGACCAAAGGACAGGAGGAUGUCGAAGACAAUUCUCUCUCUACUGCUGGCCACUUUCCUCCUCGGCGUCCUCAGCGAUGCCCAAAUCAUUAGAGUGCCGCUCACCAAAGUCCAGAAGGCCAGGGAGGCCCUGAGAGAGGUGGGGACAGACAUUUCGCUGAUCAAACACCGAUUUGAACACAUGGCCUUAGGAGGACCUGUUCCGGAACCUCUCUCGAAUUAUCUAGACGCUCAAUACUACGGACCCAUCAGCAUUGGCAAUCCUCCUCAGAAAUUCCGAGUUGUUUUCGACACUGGCUCGUCCAACCUCUGGGUGCCGUCCAAGAAGUGCCAUCUUACCAGCAUUGCUUGCCUUCUUCAUAACAAGUAUGACAGUAAAAAGUCGUCAACCUACAAGAAAAAUGACACCGCCUUUGCCAUCCAGUACGGCUCAGGAAGUCUCUCGGGCUUUCUUUCGGAGGACGUUGUCCAGAUUGGAGGACUGAAUGUGCACAAGCAAGUGUUUGCCGAGGCCACCAGUGAACCUGGAUUGGCCUUUGUUGCUGCCAAGUUUGACGGAAUCCUCGGAAUGGCUUACAACUCCAUCUCCGUCGAUGGCGUGGUUCCAGUUUUCUACAACAUGUUUGAGCAAGGCCUUGUCCAGGCUCCAGUUUUCUCUUUCUACCUCAGCAGGGAUCCUGAAGCUGCUCAGGGUGGUGAGAUCAUUCUCGGCGGCUCCGACCCGAAGCACUACAAGGGCGAGUUCACCUAUUUGCCUGUGGACAAGCAGACCUACUGGCAGUUCAAAAUGGACAAAGUCAAGGUUGGUGAUACGGAAUUCUGCAAGGACGGCUGCGAGGCCAUCGCAGACACUGGCACCAGUUUGAUCGCUGGUCCUGUUGACGAAGUGACCAAAUUGAACCAGGCCAUUGGCGCCACCCCCAUUGUUGGAGGAGAGUACAUGGUGGACUGCACCCUCAUCCCCAAAUUGCCCGAGAUCACCUUCAUUUUGGGAGGAAAGGAAUUCACUCUGGAAGGAAAGGACUACGUUCUUAGAGUGUCUCAAAUGGGCAAAACCAUCUGCCUCUCUGGUUUCAUGGGCAUCGACAUCCCCCCUCCCCAUGGCCCUCUGUGGAUUCUGGGAGACGUCUUCAUUGGCAAGUACUACACCGAAUUUGACAUGGGCAACAACAGAGUUGGAUUUGCUGAAUCCAUCUGAAUAUGAUUUUGUAGAAUUCCCAAAAACUUUUUUUGUAAGCUAGCGAAGUAAAAUUUAUACGAAAGCCAUAUUUUUGCCUGUAUUCCCGAAUGGUUCACACCAAAGAAAUAAAAAGUUCUUCUAAUAAUAAA